AUGAUAAAGCAAGAAAGAAUUGAGCAACUUAAUAAUUUACCAUUUGCACCUGUUCCAGCCAUAUUACCAAUAUUAUAUCUGAACUCACGAAAUGUAUGUGCUAUAUAUAAAUCAAAUGGAAGUACAUACGCACUAGUUCCGUGUGGUCAUCGAGCCCUAUGUAAGGAAUGUAAAGAGUUAUUGGAGCAACAACGCUGCCCCAUAUGCUCACAACCAUUUGAUACCAUAUUAAGAAUUUGGGAUGCAUAA